CACGUGUUAACCCCUGACCUCCCCGAGGUGUUGGCCGUGUGAGGUGAUGGUGUUUCUUGGGGUUGUGAGGUGUGGCGGCUGCCCAGGUCUGAGGAGGGCCGCCUGGCGGCUCGGGAGCGGCUGGAACACGAUCAGUCAUCCGUGGAAACGUUGUGUGGUGAGAAGGGGCAAGAGUUCUGUUGUUGCAAAUGCCACGGUGCAGUCUGGCACUUCCUCCGUACCCAAUGCCACCACCAACAGAAUCGUGGGGAAAUGGAUGAUUGCAUGCAGUGGGAUGGUGGUUGGGGCUGUGGUCCUUGGUGGAGUAACCAGGCUCACCGAGUCUGGCUUGUCGAUGGUAGACUGGCAUCUGAUCAAGGAAAUGAAGCCCCCAAGCACCCUACCAGAGUGGGAGGCUGAGUUUCAGAAGUACCAACAAUUCCCGGAGUUUAAGAUAUUAAACCAUGACAUGACUCUGAAUGAGUUCAAGUUCAUCUGGUACAUGGAGUAUUCCCACCGGAUGUGGGGUCGGGCAGUGGGCUUGGCCUACAUUCUGCCCGCCGUCUAUUUCUGGAGAAAGGGCUGGUUCUCGAGGAGCUUGAAGCUGCGGGUGGCAGGCCUCUGUGGCUUUGUGUGCUUUCAGGGUUUGCUGGGCUGGUUCAUGGUGAAGAGCGGCUUGGAGGACAAAAAGGAUUCACACGACAUCCCACGGGUCAGUCAGUACCGUCUGGCUGCACAUCUCGGAUCUGCAUUGGUGCUGUACUGUGCCAGUCUGUGGACUGGCCUGUCCCUCCUCCUGCCCCCAUUAAAGAUGCCGAAUACUCACCAGAUGAUGCUGUUCAGACGAUUUGCUCAAGGGACUGGCGGACUUAUUUUUGUAACUGCACUCUCAGGUGCCUUUGUUGCUGGCCUGGAUGCAGGGCUUGUUUACAACUCUUUCCCCAAAAUGGGAGAACGUUGGAUACCUGAUGACCUUUUGGCCUUUUCCCCACCUCUCCAAAACUUCUUUGAGAACCCAACCACUGUUCAGUUCGACCACAGAGUUCUGGGUAUUGCCUCGGUGACUGCAGUGACUGUCCUCUACGCGCUUUCCCUCAGGAUGCCAUUAACCAAGAGAACUAGAGUGGCCCUUUCAUCGCUGACUGCCAUGGUUUACCUGCAGGCUGCUUUGGGAAUCAGCACCCUGCUGCUCUACGUCCCCACUCCCCUGGCAGCCACCCACCAGUCGGGCUCGCUGGCUCUGCUCAGCCUGGCACUAUGGCUGAUCCACGAACUGCGCAGGGUCCCCAAGUGAUGCCGGGGGAUGCCCUCUCCGCGCACGGCAGGUCCGCUCAGCUCCGCAGUUUGCUCCAACAUGGAUGGUGAUCACUGACUGAUCGUUGGGAAGAGGAGCUGGCAUCACGGUAUGAUAUUGCUAUGCACAUUGUACUCAUGAAGACUGCUUAUCAUCCAGUGGCUUCUCCUGAUGUCAGCUUUAUUUCUCCCGGAUUCUUUCAAGUAUGGCUGGUGGAGGCAGAGAAAAUAUUUAAAUGCAAAGGUUAGCUUUGUUUGUCACAUGUACAGUGAAACAUUGUAUCAUUUCUUAAUGCAUGUAUGCAUUUCUAAAUGACAAUAAAAGAGGACUGAGUGUUCUCAUAAUCUAAAUGCAUUGUUGGGGUCAAUGACCAACACAGCAUGCCCAGAACUUGUUAACCCUAAUCUGUAUGUCUUUGGAAUGGGGGAGGAAAGCCAUGCGGUCACGGGGAGAAUUCCUUACAGACAGUGGCAGAUUUGAACCCUGAUAUUGGCACCAUAUUAGCAUGAUGCUAACUACUACCUUACAGUUGAGGCUACAAGUACGGAGAUGUAAGUUAAAAGACCGUAGGAGCACAAUCAGCCCAUUGAGUCUGCUCAGGCAAAUGUAACUGAUUUUUGUUUUCAACCUCAUUCUCCCACCUUUUCCUUGUAACCCUCACCCCUUAUCAAUCAACCUACCGACCCCUGCUUUAAAUAUAUCCAAUAAUGGCCUCCACAGCUGUCUGAAUUCCACAGAUUCAUCACCUUCUAGCUGAAGAUAUUCCUUCUCUGUUUUAAAGGAGCAAUCCUUUAUUCUGAGACUGUGCCCUCAGGGCCCAAACUCUCCUACUAACAGAAACAUCCUCUCCAUGUACACUCUCCAGGACCCUCAGCAUCCGGUAGGUUCCAGUGAGAUCCCUCCGCUCAUCGUUCUGAACUCCCUCGAGUACAGGCCCAGAGACACCAAACCUAAUAGCAGGAAACACAACAAUUGUAACAACCAAUCUGCUAGAGGAACUCGGGUCAUGCAGCAUCUGUGGGAGCAAAGGAACUUUCACCUGCAUCUGGAGGACCCAAAUCAUUAACAGUUCCACACCCCCCCCCCCACCCCGCCACUGCUGCUUGACCUGCUAAGACCCUCCAGUAGCCUGCUUGUUACUCCAGGUUCCAGCAUCUACAGUCUUCUGUGCCUCUGCUGUUACUUUUGCUUUGAUGUUUGACACUGGGCUGACCCAGGCUUGCAUAUCUAGGCACCAGUAUGAGUGAGGGAUGACCAUGGAUAUGGCAUCCUAGCUGUCUAGAUAUGCAAGCCUGGGCAGUACGGUAGGGAGAGCAAGCUGUUGCGCAUGUAGUACGCAAAACACUGGAGGAACUCAGCAGCCAGGCAGCAUCAAUGGAAAAGAGUACAGUUAAAAGUUUUGGAAUGACACCCUUCAGGACUGGAGAAAGAAAGCUGCGUAGUGGGAGGAGGGAAUGGAGAAACACAAGGUGAUAUGUGAAACUGGGAGGGCAAAGGGUGAAGUAAAGAGCUGGGUAGUUGAUUGGUGAAAGAUGCAGAGCUGGAGAAACGGGUAUCUGGUGGGAGAGGACAGGAGGCCAUAGAAGAAAGUAAAGGGGGUUCAUGACAUCAGGUUGGAUGCUACCCAGGUGGAAUAUCAGGUGGUGGUUUUCCAACCUGUGUGUGGCCUCAUCGCAACAGAUGAUGGCAGUAUUGUGCAAUCACAAUGCUUUUAUGCUUUGACUGUUAAGCUUUGGUCCACCUCUUAAAGUUCUUCACAUUACUGUCUGCUAGUACUUCGCUCUCGGCCAGAAGGUGAAGGGGUUAGCCUAACGCUAUUGCAGCACCAGCGACCCAAGUUCAAUUCCCGCCACUGUCGGUAAAGAAUUCCUCCAGAUGCUCUGGUUUCCUCCCGCGUUCCAAAGAUGUACAGGUUAGGUUAAUUGGUCACAUGGGUGUUGUGGGGUGGUGUGGGUUUUUUUUAGCUGGAAGGACCUGUUCCUGUGCAGUAUUUUGCUAAUGGAAACUAUACCCAGACGAUGCAGAUGUAACACACAUUUCAAGAGGAAAAGUUUCUACAUUUUUUUUUCUGAAAUGUAAUAAUUCAAGGAUAAAUCAACUGGAAUGUGAGCAGAAAUCAAUAAGACUGAAUAUUCUUGUAUAUUGUGAGUAAUUAAAAAUCAAU